CGCGCUGUCAGGAUGCAACGAGGCGGCUGGAGGGCGGCUGCCGCUGCUGCCGCUGCCGCUGCGCACGGCCGCCGCUGAUCUCGCUCCCAGCAACAGGCUGUUCCGGACGGAGUUCGCUUUGCUGCGCGGGCUGACUGGAUGCCUGUCCUCUUGAGCCACGGAGGAGCUGGGUGUGAGCCUCGCCGGCGCGGCACGAUUCCGGGAGCCCCGAAGCCCGCGCUCGCUGCGCUGCGCGCAAGUCGUCAGGUGCGUUUGUGCUUGAAGCCACGCAGCCGGAGAGCUUGUCGCGGCGUGAAACAUGGCAACCGCCGCCUACUUCGCCGCCGAGUGCCUUGUUUCCAUGUCCAGCCGCGCCAUCGUACACGACCCGCCGGGGGAACAAGCCCCGCAACCUGUUGGGACGGGCUCGCCUCUGAGCGCCUCGCACCGAGAUGAGACAUGCGAGGCCAAAGAUGCUGCGAGAGACAACGGCGGGGGGUCCUCCGUGUACGCCGUAGCGAGCAUUCUGGCCGACCUGAACCAGCAUGUCCCAAAGCCUUCCUCUCCCCAGGUGGAGAAAGCGGAGGUGGUGGGCAGAAGGGAGGACCAAAAUCCUUCCCUGCCUUGCGAAAAACUUGGGGAAGAAAGUCUCUUGCCGGCCGGCAGAUGUGGAGGAGUAAAGACGGCCACACCUAUCAGUUUGGUUGCAAGGAGUGAGCCAAGCCCCAAACAAAGGAGCAGGAGAGGGAAAUGCUGGCUCGGCCCCGAAUUACCUCUGAAGAAGCAUAAAUGCCACUAUGUGGGAUGCGAAAAGGUUUAUGGCAAGUCUUCCCAUCUGAAGGCUCACCUGAGGACCCAUACAGGUGAGAGGCCCUUUGAAUGUCGCUGGCAGGAAUGCAGCAAGAAGUUUGCCCGCUCCGACGAGCUGGCCCGCCACUUCCGCACCCACACCGGUGAGAAGAAGUUCGGCUGCCCCCUCUGCGAGAAGCGCUUCAUGCGCAGCGACCACCUGACCAAGCACGCCCGCCGGCACAGCAACUUCCACCCCAGCAUGCUCAAGCGGCGGAGCGGGUCCAGCUCCCGGACAGGAUCCCUGAGCGACUACAGCCGCUCGGACGCUUCCAGCCCCACCAUCAGCCCCGCCAGCUCCCCCUAAGGCCUGCCUGCACUGGAAGCCAGCACUUUGCCCUCCUCGUUUCUCUGCGCCAGAGUCCGGUUUGUCGCACUGCUCAGCUCGCUUCGUGAUUCCAAGACAGUUUGCUUUCUCGAGACGACGAGGCAACCGACAAGGACAAGCCAUGCCACCUUCUCUCACCACAAUCCCAUAGCAGGAAAUAUUUGUCACCGAAGGGCGAAGGGACACACCUGCGAGCGACUGAUUGCUAGUCAAGACUUUCUGCUGCUUUUUCCCUUGGAAGCCUUAAGAAGAUGCUCCGGCUAGUUUUUAAACACACACACACAUGCAUAUAAAUAUAUAUUUUUAAAGAAGACUUUUGCUCAGGUGAUGAAGCGAAUUUUGUAGAAACAAGAAUGCAAAACAGGAAUGCCUCUGCAAAUAAUUCAGCCGGGGGGGAUGUCCCCACCUCCUCCUCCUCUCAUCUUUCUCAGGGAUAUGUAUUUAUGUUACACAGUAAGUACAAUGAAGACACACCUUCCCACAGCCUCGCUCGGCAAACACGAUUGCACUCAGGACAGUCCCUUUCCCACGCUGCGGGGGGAGCCAGUGCUGCGUUUUGUGCUCGAAGGGUUGCUUUCGCAGUUGGUGUAAACACACUUGGGGGAGCAGGGCCUUCCAGAGCAUGGCCCCAGUACUCUCACACUCAGCUGCUCUCAUUUUUUCUCCUCUUGCCCAUGGCGCUUCACACGGAGGCCUUCCCAGCACCACCUGCUUCCUCUUGCACAGUUUGUCUAUGAAGUUCAAUACUUUUUAAAGGUUUUUUUUUUCUUCUUCAUUCUGGGGGUGCAGUGGGAAUGCUUUUUAAAAAUAACCAUGACGCAUUUGAUGCCUUAAUCGCAUUUUCUAAAUAUGGGUAAAUGUAUUUACACUGGGGAACGGUUUAUUCAGAUCCAAAGGGCAGAAUCACGCCAUUGGAGGCAUUACGAUUUGGAGUCUGGCGGUCAGUUCUCCUGUGAAAGUCCCACAGGAAUGAAUGUGGUACACACAGGAGAACACCUGGAGGAUCGGGCCCUGAACCCCUGCACUGCUCAUCCCUUACACAACUAACAAAAAUAAGUGUGCAGGCCGUAUCCACUUGAACAUUUUUUUUAAAGCCUGGGACGGCUGUGUAUUCAAAUUCAUCAAAACUUUAUCAAGGUACUUGUCUCCUAGACAGAAUCCAGGUUCUCGAAUUCUUCCAAACAUUACUGCAUUUUAGCUCUACGGUCAGUAACAAGGUGAAACGGAGAAGCAGUGCUCAGAAAGCGUUCUCUCACUCGGAAAACAAGACAGAAACACACACGCAGAAAGUGUUACAACCACGGUGUUCUAGCUCAACAGCUGCAGCCUGAGCGGGCACUUGCAGUCACUCCGCACAUCACGGAAGGCUUCCCAUUUUCACGACUACCGCUAUUUGUUCCUCUACAGGUCUCACCUCACAUCUCCAGACUCUGAUCCACCAGAGACUCCCCCUCCUCAGCUGGCCACUCUGCCCCUCUUCCACACUGGUUAAAAAAUGGACUCUGACCAUUUAAAAACAAACAACUCCGUAAGAGAGACUCGUGUAUGUCCACCUCCGUGUUCAUUACAGGUGCAGGGGUGUAUUUUGAUGAAACUCGGGGCUUCAUGUAACUGGCUAGAAGCAUGUUUGAUGUGUAUUCACAUCUGGGGCCACUGGCUUUUACGCACAAACAGCUGCAUCAGGCCCAAGAAAUAUGGGUGCUUUAACCAGAAUCUAAUCUAUGCUUUUGAAAUGGGGAGGAGGGUGGAGGCCACGGGAAUGCCGACACUUAGAAAGGAGGUUUUGCGAAUGUUCGGAUGCUGAAAAGUCAACAUUCAGGUGCUUUUUCUGUGACCAUGUCCCUUCCUUUUCCCUUUUUCUACUCUUUUUUACAACAUUGUAAAUACAAACGCAGUCAUUGUAGCAUAGUAAAACGAACUCCAAAUCUCAAACUGCUGUUUACAAUAGAUAUAACCCUCUCCACAUUCCCAAAGUGUCUUAAGCAAGAUCUUUAUGCUUUGCAAUAAUUCCGUUUUGCCAGACUGUUAAAAAAACAAAAACGAAAAGCAAAAGUGUACUGUAUAUGACUUGCUGGAGGAAAAUAAUAUGUCAUCGAUUUAAAAAGUAGUUUCUAGGUACAUACACAGAUUGUUCUAAGUAUCAGACCCACUUUUCUCUGCACUGCCACCUACUUCAUGAACACAGGUCAAAAUCGAGGUAUUCCAGUAUUUUAGGGGCAUUUGCUUCCAAGCUCGCCUUUGAGCUGGGCAAGUCUUCUCUGUGCGGUUUUGUAGCCACAGGCAGGACCAACCGACCGACCACUUCGGCUACCAUUAUGGUGCUCACCUUCCCUGGUUGCUUAGCAUGAUGGGUUUCCGUAUCUCUGGAGAUUUAGGAAGAGGCCUGUGUUCUGUUUCUAGAGGCAUGGCGAUAUCCCUCGCAGCAUUUGGUGCAACUGGUCGUGCGAGGCGAGAUUGGAAAAUCAAAUUCCAAUCAUUCGGGUAGAUGGGGGCGGACAUGAGUGUCAGCGGUUGCAUUGAGAAGCAUGCAGGGCGACCAAGGAGGCAGAAUAAUUGCUCUUGAAAAGAAACUCUUGCUAAGAACUUAGCCAGCAUUAAGAUCAGAGAAGAAUUGGAAUUUACACAGUAGGUGGGACCUUCUUCAUCACUUUUGUUAUGGAGAUAUUUCAAAGGUCAUUAUUGUAUCUCCAAGGGAACGGAGUUUCCCUUCCUUUCCCUUCCAUGAGAAGCUGAAAUUGCAAGGAUGAAAGGUUGGAUCUUGGAAACUUCUCUCCAAAUAAGGGCUAGCCCAACCGCAUGAGCAGCCGCAGGGGCUGCAUUUUAGGGGUGGGUGAUGAAGCAGCUGGCGCUCCAACAGAUACCUGCUCCAAGAAUUAUGCCAAAGAGUUCGGAGUCAUUGGCCAUUGGGCAUUCCUACCCAACUUGAGUCAUUAGUGUCGGGGCGCUCAAAUGACGUUGUCUCGUACGGAGGGAGCCUGGGUCCACCCUAGCUCCAUACCGUCCGUUCUGACUGGGGACAAUUCUCCAAGCUCUCCCAGUCUCACCACCAGAGAGACCAGGGUGACAACGUGGCACCUUUGCUUUCCAAGGCGCUGCUUAUGCAUGCAGGCUGCUCUCUUAAACCUGAUUAGAGUCUCGCUAAUCUCAGCGUAACAUGCAAGCGCACGGGACUGUAGUCUCAGAGAGGUAAGCAAAAGGGAAAGCACUUCAGAGCUGUUUGUUUGGGAUGCGACUGAUUUGGGGUUUGGAGUAGUAAGCACAAUGCUUCUGACAUGCCUCGAAGAUUAGAAAAACACCGUUUCCGUUCAUUACCAUUUCAUAAAUCACAGUGAACACAAUCACAACACUCAGGGUUUGCUCAUAGCAGCCUCCUGUCCGGUGACAGGAGGAGACAAAACCUCAUUUCAGCCUUGCUAAGGACUGUUUGUUCAUUAGGGGUAGACUGCAUCCAGUUAGAUAGCACUUGUGGGGUUUUAAAUAGAAAAUGAGGGUGCUAGCAAGAUAGUGGGGCAGAUGCUGUCUUCGACUGUUUGAUUCUAGGCAGCCCUUAUCUAAGAAGUUGUGCAAGAAAAAGCACACAGCCUUCACCUCCCGGGGUUCUCAGCUCCGUCUCUCUUUGACUGGUUCUGCUCUGGGGCACAUCUGCAAACUGUGGGGAGGUGGGCACAUGGCACACCCAGAAUACCCGCCGGAUGUGCCCCGUGCGGUGUGUGGGUGAGUCCGUUGCUCCACCCAGCCAGGAGGGGGUCAUGCCGGUGGGUCUGUCCGACAGGCCUCACCUCGUGCUGGUGCGUGCGAGUUUGUUUUUGCACGGCGCCCUCUGAGCAGCGGGCCCAGCCUCCGGGUGCUCUGCGGGGUCAGGCUCCUGACCCGCAUCCACGUGGAGACCUUGCCACACCCCGCUCAGGGGGGGCUGGGCUUGAAACAGGAAGAGUGGGUCCUGAAUUCAAAAGAGGCAGAGCGAUCUCAGGAAGCUUAAAGACACCGGAGGGUGCUUGGCCAUCCCAGUUCCAGGUGGGAGAGACCCACAGUAUUCGUCUGAAUCCAGGCAGCGGGGGCAGCUGAGGCGAGGGCUGGAGCUGGAGGCUAAAGCCUGGAGCACAGCAAGUCAGUUGCUCCAGGAAGGAAGGCACGGCAGUCCUGGAGAGCCAGCUGCGGCCUGCCACCGGUCCAGCCGAACACACGAUGCGGUAGAUUUCCUCUCAUUUUGAAGAAGUUUUCUGGUCAACUGUAAAAGCUGCUCAGAUGUUAAAUCUUUAGAUUUUCUUCAGUGCCCCAGAGAACAUUAUGUUGGGAGCGCUGUGCAUCCGGCACUCCGAGUAUCAAGCGAAAGCAAAGAGGCUCGGCUCGGUUGUGUUGCUUGUGUCGGCAGGAGGGAGUGUGCGUGCCCGAAUGCUCUCCCAAAAUACAUUGCUGGGAUGUAUAAAUUAGAUGUCAUGGAGGAAGCCCAGCUUCCGUCAAGCAGGGCCGAACUGUUGCUUCUCCAUGGGGGAGCAGUCCAGCGCCAGCCGAGCCCACAGCUGCAUGCAGACGCGGGGCUGGCUGAGAAGAGUCUCGCAAGCUUCUUGCCCGUUCGCUGGCCUGGCUGCUGGCCGCUGCUAUCGAGCAGCCAACACAAACAUGCCGAAUGGGGCAUUCCAGUGUCCACUCAGGGUCGUGUUGGCAUCCCAUGGUGAGAUGAUUGGCAUAGGAUUACCAUUGGUUUGGACACCUCGAUAGCCGGCAUUCCAAAGACACCAGAUCUAGGAGAUACAGGUUGAGCAAGCUUGGGAUGGGCCACGACCUCACUGUGCCCCAAAUGCAUCAGGCAGAUGGUCCAGAAUGUUUGGGGACAACUCUUCUGCCUCCCACAAAACCUCAAUGCAUUCCUCGCCCCCACAAUGCCAAAAACGCACAGUGCUUCUUUCCCCAUCGCUACCUGCCUACCUGAGUCUACCUGCAGAAAGCUCUGUUGAGACCUCUACGUCUUCGCUCGUUGGCUUGUGCACCAGUUUAAGUGCCCAUGGCAAACCAGCCAGAGAAGUUCUAGACAGGAAGGGUCCGUGCAACCGGACGGUUCCCCUUUCCCCAUCUAGUUUCUCCUCACUUCUUCCCUUGCCAUUCUUAUUUAUAGCUCUUUACAGCUGUACUCUGGGAACGGUGUAUCGUAAUGUAUAUUGAUAACUGAAAAUACAGCUUUCCAACAGGGUUUUGGUAUUUUAUACACAUUUACUGUAAUAGAUUGCCUAUUUUACUGCAUGCAUUUCAUAGUAACUUCCACCCAUGCAACCUUUCACUGGGGCUUUAAAACCUCAUUACCUUAACAAUCAGAGUGCUUUGUAAAUAUAGGCCAAGCCCCAGGCAUAGAAUCAGGUCACAGUGCUGUGAACUACCUGAAGAACUUUAGCUACUGGGCGGUAUAGAAAUAAAUGAAUGAAUAUGCCCUCUUCCACUUUAGCCUGCUCUAGUUCAUCCCUAGCUUCAUCCAGGAAGUAGUGAAUAGACUUCUAGAAGUUCAUUCAAUGUGGGUUUCUUCUGGAAACAAGUUUUAUGUAUCAAAGUAUAAAGAAUGCAAAGUAUAUAUGACUAUAAAGCUUACCUUCUCACAAUCAUAUUUUACUAGUUUAGGUGGGCAGCAGCUGCCCAAGGAGUCCCUUUUCUGUUAUCACUCCCAUGUAGAACUUGAAACGAAAAUAAAAAACGGGGACAAUCGACUGAGGUUGGGGUGCAGGUUACUGCUCCACGUUGGUUUGCAUCAACAGAACCAAGGGAUGGUGCUUUCCCUGGACAGAACCACUUCAGGUUGAAAAUGGGAGUGGUGAGCGGAAUGUCAUGUUUGAUGGACAUGGCAAAUUCCCGCUGAGCCACCUCCCACGGUCGUAUUUUCCAUAUACAGGAGCAUGGACCAUUUUUAAUGGGAGAACAUUCAAAUGUGCAGUUGCUACAUGAGCGCCAUCCCAAGAAAAGCACUUACCACUUGCUGGAGCUGACAGGAUCAGCCACAAAGCCCAGCAGCUGAGAAAUAGUCCUCACUGGGGGCAGGCCUUGCUUAGAACAAGCCGGUGGGUUCAUUUCAGUAUGGCCAGUGAUAAGACUGGCCCAAUCCUCUGGGGAUAAACAUGGAACCCUGGAGAAGUAGAGUGCACUUCUGCAACGUGGGGCUGAACUACAUAUUACACUUACUGAAGGAAAAUGCCCGAUCACAGGAACCUCUCCACUUCUGCCCCGUUCUCCUUGUCGUCAUCAUAUCAUGUGGCAGCAUCAGCCAGAGCAUCCUUUAGAGAAGGGAUCUCACGAAGAGUCAUGUGCUCCGUAGCAGGCAGGGUGUUCUGCCCAGGGAUGGGACGUUCUCAUUCCCUGAAACCUCCUGGUUUCCCAUUGCCUUCUCAGUAUUUGUGACCCCUUCCUCUCCCACCCCUUGGUAGGGUUGGGUGAGGCAUUCGUUCAGUCCGUAUUUCAACAAGAACUUAACACAUUUGCAACUCCUGAACUUAAAUGGGAACCAGAAGAUGGUUUACUACCAAAAUCCAUGCAUUUCUAAAGUGUGAGAUGCAGUCAGGGGAAAAAACUACACAACACUGCCUAGAUUUAAGGAUAUGCACUCAAAAACAAAGUACAUUUGAAAUAAAUGUGGACAAGCAUGCGCUAUUCAGUGACCCAAAAAAAUCACUUGAAAAUAUGUGUAUGGUUGGAAAAAACGCACAGAAAAAUGCAAGCUUUGGAAAGAAAUGCAUAUGGAGAUAUGUGUUUUUUGCUUUUUAAAGUGUGUCUGUUUAAGUAAAAAUUUCAGUCCAGUGCAAAAUCAGGACUGACACUGGACAAAGGAGAACCCGUGUAAAGUGAAGCGUGACGGAUUGGUCCUUCACCACCCAGCUCUCACCACUGUUGACAUGUAGAUGGCCAAACGUUGCACAUUUACACCCUUGAUGAGGCUGUGCCUGUUCAGGGCUCCAUCACCACCAGCCUGGGUCACGAGGCUUCGUCCUCUUGAAAUCUUUCUAAAAGAAGGCUGAGAAUCUCGGGAUGAGGGUUGGCUUGGCUGCAAAGUUAUGGGGUGGGGGGGGGAGGCGUGCUUUUGGCAUGAUAAAGCAACUCGUAAAACAUUUCUAAGUCCCAUCUCUGUUGAAGCUAUGCUUGGGGGUAUUGUGUUUAGUUAUUUGGGCAGAAAUAUAUAGAUUGAUAUAGAUAUAUAUUCUCCGUAAGUACAUGAAUGGAAGUAUGUGGAUAUUAUACAUGUUUACAUACGUAUUUUCACUUUGGGAUGAAAGCAGUCUGUACCUGUCGUCAUUUCCCUCCUCUCAACAGCACCUCGAUGCUUUCAUGGAUUACUUUGUGGGAUUUUUUUAAAACGAAUCACUACAUUGAAGUAUUGCAGUUGUACAGCUGUAUGGUGAUCUCUCCUCGCUCUGCUGUGAUCUGUGUGUUUUUUAAACCAUGUUUUUGUACUACAUAGAUUUAUAUCUUGUGACCCGUUUCCUAUGCAAAAAACAGAAAAGACAACUAACAAAUGUCAAAUGUCAAUUGUAUGCAUGAUUAGUGAUGUUUGCAUUUCUGAAUAAAGUUGAAAAUUAAGGGCA